UCUUCCGACAUUUUGGCUCAAGCGGCCCGAGGAGCGUCAGCGGAAACAUCCGGGGAAUCCAGCGCACCUCGGCGGCCAUUGCGGCUCCGCGUGCGGCAGCUUCAUAACCUUGAGAGGGCGGAGCGUCAGUGAGCUGAACUGGAGUAGCAGCGGAGCAGGAGGAGAGACACCGAGGCAACGAAGAGCUGCAGAAAACCGUUACACGGGCAGCGCUGCUUUACCUCACCGCUAUAACCGGGGAUCAGGGCGUGUACCGGCGCGUCUAACGGACAAUGAUGAGCGCAGUCGGACGGAAAGCGCAGCGGCAGCGGCGUUGAGCGCGUUUUCAUGUUUGAGGCGGAUCAUCGGGAUCUCGAGCGUUUGGGCGCAUCAGCGCGUUUUUUUUUUCUCGGCCGCUCGCGUCACAUUGACAUUUAUUAUUUGAAGCGGCAGAUUCCCGGAGCGUUGCGACCUGAAUCCCGGAGCGUUGAUUUUCCCUGACAUCAUCAUCAUCAUCACCAUCAUCACCACCGCCACCAUCAUCAUCAUCGUCGUCGUCGUCGUCGCCCGGUGUGAACGGACAUCUUCGGUGGUCGUCGACGGGAAUCCGGGGGAUUUACAGGAUCCGGGUGUCGGCGGCGGCGGGGCGGAGGGUGAAAAUCAUCGGCCGCUCGGAUUCUGAGAUUCGCGGCGCGUUUCUGAGGGAAAGCGGAUCUUUUUCCGCGGAUCUGUCGGCGGGACUAUGGCUGACGACGACGUGCUGUUUGAGGAUGUGUACGAGCUCUGCGAGGUGAUCGGAAAGGGUCCGUUCAGUGUGGUGCGACGAUGCAUCAACAGAGACACUGGACAACAGUUUGCUGUAAAGAUUGUAGAUGUGGCCAGUUUCACCUCCAGCCCUGGACUCAGCACAGAAGAUCUGAAGCGGGAGGCGAGUAUCUGUCACAUGCUCAAACAUCCUCACAUCGUGGAGCUGCUGGAGACCUACAGCUCCGACGGGAUGCUCUACAUGGUCUUUGAGUUUAUGGACGGAGCGGAUCUGUGCUUUGAGAUCGUGAAGAGGGCCGAUGCCGGCUUCGUCUACAGUGAGGCGGUGGCCAGUCACUACAUGCGACAGAUACUUGAAGCCCUGCGCUACUGCCACGAUAACAACGUCAUACACAGAGACGUCAAGCCUCACUGUGUCUUGCUGGCCUCUAAGGAGAACUCGGCUCCUGUCAAACUGGGCGGCUUCGGCGUGGCGAUUCAGCUGGGCGAGUCGGGGCUGGUGGCUGGAGGUCGGGUAGGGACCCCUCACUUCAUGGCUCCUGAAGUGGUCAAGCGAGAGCCGUACGGGAAGCCGGUGGACGUCUGGGGUUGCGGGGUCAUUCUCUUCAUCCUGUUGAGCGGCUGUUUGCCUUUUUACGGCACCAAGGAGCGGCUGUUUGAAGCCAUCGUGAAAGGAAAGUACAAGAUGAACCCGCGGCAGUGGAGUCACAUCUCUGAGAGCGCUAAAGACCUGGUGCGGCGUAUGCUGAUGCUGGACCCGGCCGAGAGAAUCACCGUCUACGAGGCCCUCAACCACCCCUGGCUCAAGGAGAGAGAUCGCUACUCGUACAAGAUCCACCUUCCCGAGACGGUGGAGCAGCUGAGGAAGUUCAACGCUCGGAGGAAACUGAAGGGCGCCGUCCUCGCUGCCGUCUCAAGUCACAAGUUCAACUCGUUUUACGGCGACCCUCCCGAAGACCUUCACGAUUUCUCAGACGACCCCACGUCUUCAGGAUUGCUUGCUGCAGAAAGGGCCGUGUCUCAGGUUCUGGACAGUCUGGAGGAGAUCCACGCGCUGACCGACUGCAGUGAGAAAGAUCUGGACUUUCUGCACAGCGUCUUCCAGGACCAACAUCUGCACACACUGCUGGAUCUGUACGAUAAGAUUAACACCCGCUCGUCGCCCCAGAUCAGGAAUCCGCCCAGCGACGCCGUCCAGCGAGCCAAAGAGGUGUUGGAGACGAUCUCCUGUUAUCCUGAGAACAUGGAGGCAAAAGAGCUGAAGAGAAUUCUGACACAGCCGCAUUUCAUGGCGCUGCUGCAGACGCACGAUGUUGUGGCUCAUGAGGUUUACAGUGACGAGGCCCUGCGAGUGACGCCUCCGCCCACGUCCCCGUAUCUAAACGGAGACUCGCCCGAGAGCGUCAACGGAGACAUGGACCUGGAGAACGUCACGCGUGUGCGCCUGGUGCAGUUCCAGAAGAACACGGACGAGCCCAUGGGCAUCACUCUGAAGAUGAACGAUCUGAACCACUGCAUCGUGGCCAGAAUCAUGCACGGCGGGAUGAUCCACAGACAGGGGACGCUGCACGUCGGAGACGAGAUUCGCGAAAUCAACGGUAUCAGUGUCGCCAAUCAGACGGUGGAGCAGCUGCAGAAGAUGCUGCGGGAGAUGCGAGGCAGCAUCACCUUCAAAAUCGUGCCCAGUUACCGCAGUCAGUCUCUGUCCUGUGAUGUGAGUGAUUCGAAAGAUUCCCCCGAUCUGUCCAGACAGUCUCCUGCGAACGGCCACUCCAGCGUCACCAGCUCCAUCUUAGAUCUGCCGUCCACUAUCCAGCCCAAAGGAAGACAGAUCUCCAGACCUGCAGUCAAGGAUAAAAUGUCUCGGAAGAUUUACGUUCGAGCGCAGUUCGAGUACGAUCCCGCUAAAGACGACCUGAUUCCCUGUAAAGAGGCCGGCAUCCGUUUCCGGGUGGGCGACAUCAUUCAGAUCAUCAGUAAGGACGAUCAUAACUGGUGGCAGGGCAAACUGGAGAACACCAAGAACGGCACGGCGGGCCUCAUUCCCUCGCCGGAGCUGCAGGAGUGGCGUGUGGCGUGUAUAGCGAUGGAGAAGACCAAGCAGGAGCAGCAGGCCAGCUGCACGUGGUUCGGCAAGAAGAAGAAACAGUACAAAGACAAAUACUUAGCCAAACACAACGCAGUCUUUGACCAACUAGAUCUCGUGACGUACGAAGAGGUGGUGAAGCUGCCGGCGUUCAAGAGGAAAACGCUGGUGCUGCUGGGAGCUCAUGGCGUCGGCCGGAGGCACAUCAAGAACACGCUCAUCGCAAAACAUCCCGACAGAUUCGCCUACCCCAUUCCACACACGACCAGACCUCCGAAGAAGGACGAGGAGAACGGGAAGAACUACUACUUCGUGUCACAUGACCAGAUGAUGCAGGACAUCUCCAACAACGAUUACCUGGAGUACGGCAGCCACGAGGACGCCAUGUACGGCACGCGCCUCGAGACCAUCCGCAAGAUCCACGAGCAGGGCAUGGUGGCCAUCCUGGACGUGGAGCCGCAGGCGCUGAAGGUUUUGCGGACGGCCGAGUUUGCGCCAUACGUCAUCUUCAUCGCAGCACCGACUAUCACUCCCGCGAUGAACGAGGACGAGUCUCUCCAGCGGCUGCAGAAGGAGUCGGAGGCGCUGCAGCGCUCGUACGCGCAUUACUUCGAUCAGACGAUCAUCAAUAACGAGAUCGACGACACCAUCCGCCUGCUGGAGGAGGCCAUCGAUCUGGUGUCCAGCACCGCGCAGUGGGUGCCCGUGUCCUGGGUGUACUAGCCAUCACACACACACACACACACGCAUCUCUGACGGACUUUACAUCCCGGCAACUACCAGUGCAUAGGUAGCGUUGUAUAUAUCUAUACAUAUAUAAAUAUCUAUAAAUAUGAAUAUAUAAGUCAUAGAUAUGGUCCUGUACUAAUAACGAGGGGGGUUGAUGACAUUUUAUACGGUUUUCUUUUUAAAUGUACGAGACGGCGUCUCAGAGCAAUGACGAGCACAGUUAGCGGUGGGGGAGGAGCCAACACCCCCACCAGCCCCACCCCGUGGGCGUGGCUACGUGACUCCGCCCACUGGCAGUAUAUAAGCACAGCCGACCCCCCCCUCCUCCUCCUCCUCCUCCUCCUCUCUCUCUCUCUCUCUCACACACAUGCGAGCACCGUUUGCACGGACGGAACUGAACUGCCCUCCCGACGCCCGUUUCAUCCACCCCUCUGUUUACAGAUGUAGGUUUGCACAAAAGGGCAGCAGAGCUCGGCGCUCUUCCUCCGGCUGCUCCUCUUCCUCUUGACGUGUCUGUCUCUCCCAGUGAACCCUCCGUCGGGAGGAGAUCGUCGCGCCGGACACACUCGACUCUGAACGGACGGCUUCCCUCAUGCCCUGUGUAGUGACGUGUUUGUAAAUUGUCCUGGAUUUGAUUUCUUGUGCGGAACGAGGAGGAAAAUAUCCAUUCCUAGAUCGACCAUUUCAGAAAAUGUGCUGUCUUAAGAGUAUUAUCGUUUUACUCCGAGAAAACCGAGAGGAUUUUAUUGUGUGUAAAUGUUUCAAUGGUGCGUACAUUUGCGGUUGAAAUGAAGUAGUGUGUGCAUAAACAACUGAACAGACUGUGUGAACUCUUCAUUUCAUAUUGCCCUGUGUAAAUUCCUCUGCAAAUGACAAAACUGCUCUUCAGUAUGUUUGUUUGUUUGUUUGUUUGUUUUUUUUAUCUAUUUCCUUUCACGUGUUGAAAAAGUAAAUUGCUUUUGAAAUCA